UCAUACACCAACAAUCCAUCCAUCCGGAUAUCCAUCUAUUCCUUCUUCCUCCUCUUAAAAGCCAAGAAGCAGAGAUCCAACAGUCAACAGAGAAGAAGAAGAUGUUCGCCGAUGCGGGCUUUAGCUUCUCCGCCUACUCUUCUGUGUUGUCGGGCUACUCCUACUCCUACUCCCCUGUCUUCUCCCAUCCCCACCCAGACUACUCCUCCUUCUUCUCUCCCUCAUCCUCUGCUGCACUGGCACAACCGCCGCUGCCACCCCUGCCUCUCCUGCACCAACAACAUCAAGUCACUGUUGUUGCCGCACCCAAAGACGUCGCCGCCGCCACCAUGUACCACCACCUUGGAGACAUGGGGCAGCCAUCCCUGAUAGCAGAGUAUGACCUGGGAGCAGAAGGCGACCUGUUCAAGGCUCCGGAGCCCAUAAUCGAGGAGCCGCUGCUCACCCUCGACCCCGUCGCCGCCGCCAUCUCCAUGAUGUCCGGCAGCGACAACGCCAUGAACGACACCAUCAAGGCCUCGGACAUGAGCCUGAGCGAGGCGUUGUACAAGUGCGAGAAGGAGCUCAUGGAGGACUCGGCGAUCGAUGAGACGAUAUCCGAGCUGCUGGACGCCAAGAUCCCCAUGCUGCAGGUCGAGGACGUGCCCGGGAAGCUCAGGGCAUCGUCGUCCACAGCCGCUGCCGCCGCCGGCGAGUGCUCGCUCCAGAAGAGCGUCAGCUCCGGGUGCCUCAACUCGGCCGACUGGAUCAACGGUUCGGCGGUGCAGCCCAACUUGUUCAACUUCCAAGGGCUCGACUUCGAGGCCGCAUUCGGGCUCCGGCGAGUCUACAGCGACGGUGACAUUCAGAUCCUUGGUGCCAACACCCCUCCAAUUGGGAUCGCGGCAAAUGUGUGCGCAUCUGGUGAGAGGCUUGUGACCAUCAGUGACCUGAAAAGUGAGGAAAGGAAACAAAAGCUCAACAGAUACAGGGAGAAGAAGAUCCAGAGGAACUUUGGCAGAAAGAUCAAGUAUGCUUGCAGGAAGGCUCUGGCAGACAACCAGCCGAGGGUGCGAGGGAGGUUCGUCAAGAUGGACGUCGGCGACAUGCUCAAGCCGAGGAAGUAGACCGCCAUGGAAGGCCACCGAGGUCGCUGCGAAGCUGAUGAGGAAGUUAGGCAAGGUUAUUGCAGGAAGCUGAUGAGCGCAUUGAGGUGUAGUGCGUAGGCGUCAAGCAUGUCAAGUUUGGGGUUCCUUCUUCACCAACAGCGGUAGUGAACCAUUCAGUCGCAAGGUCGCAUUCGUUGUUAUACUUGAGAGCACUACAUGUACUAAGAGGCGUCUCUCUCAUGGCCAAGAUCUUGUCUUCAACAUGAACAACCGUAGUACCGAGACUGAGAGUGUAGAGUUUAGGAGUGUCUCAUGUAAAAGAGUUUGCAUGGAGAGAAUUGAGGCUGUGUUAGGAGCAGCUGUUUUUGUCACUCAUGUAACUGAGGAAGUGGAUGGGACUAAA